AUGACCGUCUUUGCAGCCGAUCCCACCGAGUGCAGGGAUUGCAGAAGGGAUGAGUGGUCGGCGAACGGGAGCGUGCGCUGCACCAAGCGCUCCGUGGAGCACCUCAUCCCCAUGGAGCCCGUGGGCGUCGGCAUCCUGCUGUCGGCCGCCUCCACCCUCCUCUCCUCGCUGGCCAUCGCCGGGCUCUUCGCCUGCAGGUUCCACACCCCCGUGGUGCGGUCGGCGGGCGGCAGCAUGUGCUUCCUCAUGCUGGGCUGCCUGUGCCUGUGCUCCGUCAGCGUGUUCUUCUACGUGGGCCGCCCGGGCCCCGUGCACUGCUUCCUCCGCAACCCCGCCUUCGCCGUCUUCUACACCGGCUGCAUGUCCUGCCUGGCCAUCCGCUCCUUCCAGAUCGUCUGCAUCUUCAAAAUGGCCUCCAGGCUCCCCAGGGCGUACGACUACUGGGUGAAGCACAACGGGCAGUGGGCCGCCGUGGGCGUUGCCAUGGCCGUCCAGCUGCUCCUCUGCGGGCUGUGGAUUGGCGUCGACGGGCCCCAGCCCAUCUCCCACACCAUGGGCAGGGCGAUUGUGUUCGACUGCUCCCUGGGGAACUCGUACAUCUUCUACACCAUCAUGGUGUUCCUGGGACUGCUGAGCGUGGCGUGCUUCUCUUUCGCCUACAUGGGCACCGACCUGCCCAAGAACUACAACGAGGGCAAGUCCAUAACGUUCAGCCUGGUGGUAUUCUACAUCUCCUGGGCCAUGUAUCUGACGGCGUACCUGACGCUGACGGGGAAAUACCUCCCGGCUGUGAACGCCUUCUCCGUCCUCAGCACCCUGCUGGGGAUCCUCGUCGGCUACUUCUUUCCCAAGUGUUACAUCAUCAUCUUCAAACCCCAGCACAAUACGGCCGCCUUCUUCCAGACUGCCAUCCAGAGCUACACCAUCAACAGCAACACGUGAAGCGUCUGCUCAUGGCCGCGCCUUA